AUGGCCGACAACACGAACCAAAUCUUCCAGAACGGAUGGUACGUGGGGAACAACUUCAACGCCAUUCUCUACGGGGUUGAGUUGGUCUUUUACUUCGCCACGGUGAAGAUCAUCCUCGAUGCGCGCAAACAAGGUCGCUUCGGUCGCUCGGACAAGAUCUUCUUGCUUCUCAGCACCUUCUUGCUCGCCAUGGUCACGGCCUUCCUCAUCGUCCAGGCCAUCUUCGGAGAAGAGAUGUGGGUCGUGAACGAGUUCUACCCCGGCGGCACUGCGCAGUACUUCGCCGACCACUCCGCGGUGUGGUACGAGACCUUCGGGUCAGCCGCGGCCGUCGCAAUGAAUCUGGCCAGCGAUGCUUUUCUGAUCCACCGGACGUACGUCGUGUGGGGCCUCCGCCCGUCUGUCAUUCUAUUCCCGUGUUUCCUCUGGCUGGGCACAGCCGCGCUCGGCAUCGCGACCUGCGUGAUCUCUGGCCAGCCGAACAGCGACUUCUUCCUCGGACUGUCGUCGCGCGUCGCGCUCUCGUACUCGGCCGUCAGCAUCGCGAUGAACGUCACCUGCACCUGCCUCAUCUGCGGGCGGAUCAUGUGGGCGUCGCGCCGCGUCGGGGACCCGCUCGCGAGGGCGUACUCCGGGCCGAUGGCGAUGAUCGUCGAGUCCAUGCUCCCCUACGCGCUCUUCGGCGUCGCGUACCUGGUCACGCUCGGGCUCAACCACCCGCUCGAGAUCCUUUUCUUGUCGUUCUACGUGAUGUUCAUGUGCAUCUCUCCGCAGAUGAUUAUCUUACGACUUCUGAUGGGCCGGGGUGCCGGCGCUGGGGCUGCUGGGCACACUUCGCAGUGGCCCGUCCUCGCCUCGGUCGAGCAGGAUAACGGUAACGACCCCGACGCCAUGAAUCUGCAGGACGUCUCCAGCAAACGCUCGAUGACCAGCGAAGCUUGA